GUUCUUUUGGUUGCAAUAGUUUAAAGAAUUCGGUGCUCACAAGGUGCUAGCAAGGUCUUUUAGUUCAUCAGACGUUGGUGUAUUGUGAGGAUAGCACUGGCUAGAACAAUUCGUAAUAAUAGGUUGCGAUGGCUGCUCGCUCGAUCCUCAGGUAUUUACGUCCGAAAUCCGUGUUGGUUCAGAAACACCGAUGCGCUUCUUUGUCGGGUUUUGAUAUCCAACACAAAACACCUACUAUCAAGAAAGUGAUGGCCAUACCAAAGGCUCAUUACGGCGGCAGGCAUACUGUUACUAUGUUACCUGGAGCUGGUAUCGGGCCAGAAUUGAUGACUUAUGUCAAGGAGGUCUUCAAAUAUGCUGGUGUGCCAGUGGAUUUUGAGGAUGUUGACAUUGAUCUGAAUGCAGAUGAUAAUUUGGAUUUGGAUUAUGCAAUCACAUCAAUUCGCAGGAAUGGAGUUGCGCUGAAGGGUAACAUAGAGACUCGCAGCACAGAGGCUGGUGUGAUCUCCAGAAAUGUUGCACUGCGGAACGAACUGGAUCUUUAUGUGAAUGUGCUGCACUGCGUGUCUUAUCCAGGUGUUAAUUGCCGCCAAAAGAAUAUUGACAUUGUAAUCGUCCGGCAGAAUACCGAGGGCGAGUAUGCAAUGUUGGAGCACGAGAGUGUGGAUGGUGUGAUCGAAAGUAUGAAGGUGAUUACGAGGUCCAACUCGGAACGCGUGGCGCGCUUCGCCUUCGAGUAUGCCAAAAGGCACGGUCGCAAAAAGGUAACGACGGUGCACAAGGCAAACAUCAUGAAACUGUCAGAUGGCUUGUUCCUGGAUAUCUCGCGACGCGUUGCCAAGGACUACCCGGAAAUCGCGCACAACGACAUGAUCAUUGACAACACGUGCAUGCAACUGGUUUCGAAUCCGCAUCAGUUUGACGUUGUACUCACGACUAACUUGUACGGCGCCAUCGUGUCGAAUGUAGUGUGUGGCCUGUUGGGUGGCGCUGGGCUAUUGGCCGGAAAGAAUUACGGUGACCACUAUACAGUCUUUGAGCCAGGCACUCGCAAUACCGGCACGGCGAUCGCUGGUAAAAAUAUCGCCAACCCGAUCGCGAUGCUGAAUGCUGCAGUUGAUAUGCUGCGUCAUCUUGGUCACAAACAUCAUGCCAGUAUCAUUCAGAACGCAAUCAAUAAAACCAUCAACCAAGGCAUACACACACGCGACCUCGGUGGCAGCGCGACCAGCCGCGAAGUCCUCGACAACAUCUUGAAGAAUAUCAAGAUCGCGAUCGUUUAAAGAAAGAUUGAUAAUGUUUCGUGUUUUUAGCUAAAACCGUGCUUCUAACAGCCAUUCUCCCGGGAAUUCUGCGAUCAGCGAUUAGAACGCGCUCAUGGUAUAAGCAGAUCCGAUGAUCUCGCGCGGUUUUUUCUUUUUUUUUUUUUUUUAGUGAGAUGACAAAAAGAUCUAGGUAGGAUAAUUACGAUGAAGCGACGCUGUAAAUGGACAAAGGAAUGAAACACGCGAGCGGGUGAAUCUUUCGCGUUCUCUUUUCUUUUUAAUGAAACGACAAACAAUCUCGCACAAAACCUCUGCGGAAAUAUCGGAGCGCAUUGACAGAUAGCUCUAAGCGGGACUCGUGGCGUUCUGUUUUAUGACUCUGAUAACUUACGAUAACGAUCGGGAUUUUGUAAAAUAUAUAUUGUAUAUUAUAAGUGAUAUAGUAGUUCCUAUAGGCACAAUUACCAAAUACCACGAUCUCACCAAUCGUCGGUGGGAGGAGCAAUGUUUGCGAAGAUACAUGCGAGAUACUCUGUUGUUGUUGAUA